AGAGAACUUCGAACUCUGGCGAGCCCAGGAGACUUGGAGUGAGACGGAGAAAAAAAGACUCAAGGAAUAUAACACUGAGCACAUGGUAUGAGGGGAAAAUGCCCAUUAACUUCACAGUGGUGCCGGUGGAGGACACCCCAAUUUCAAAUGCAGACUAUGAUGGAGAGAUAAUGAAAGAAGAGGACAAGGAGGAGCCACACACGGCAGCAGGACCCUACUUAGGUGACGAGACUCCCAGAGAAACCAGCUCAUUAAUCAGUACAGAUCAUGAUGACAGCAUUUACGGCAAGAAUAUGGCUCUCUAUGAGGAUGAGAUGGACAGCACACCGAUGGUAUCAUCCCUCCUCAACAAACUAGCCAACUACACCAACAUAACCCAGGGGGUCAUCGAGCACGAGAAGGCGGAGAGUGAGGAUGGGAUUCAAAGGGUCACCAUAAAUGGCCCUCAGAUGGGCACAUUUAUAGGUGUGUUCCUGCCCUGCAUGCAGAACAUUCUGGGUGUGAUUCUUUUCCUGCGGCUCACAUGGAUAGUGGGUUCCGCGGGAAUCAUGGAGGCCCUUGCUAUCGUCUUCAUGUGCUGUUCUUGCACCAUGCUGACUGCAAUUUCAAUGAGUGCCAUUGCGACUAAUGGUGUAGUGCCUGCUGGUGGUUCAUACUACAUGAUCUCCAGAGCAUUAGGCCCAGAGUUUGGAGGAGCAGUGGGUUUGUGUUUCUACCUGGGCACCACAUUUGCAGGUUCUAUGUACAUACUUGGAACCAUGGAAAUUUUUUUGACAUACAUAAUGCCCAAUGCAGUUGUGUUUAAAGCAGAGACUGGAGAGCCAAAUGGAAUGCAAAAUAACAUGCGCAUUUAUGGGACAUGCUGUUUAGCUAUCAUGGCUCUGGUAGUAUUUGUUGGAGUGAAAUAUGUCAACAAGCUGGCCUUGGUCUUUCUGUCCUGUGUAAUGCUGUCAAUUAUGGCCAUCUAUGCAGGAGUCAUCCAAUCCGCCAUCAAGCCUCCCGAUUCUCAAGUCUGUCUGCUAGGCAACCGCACUUUGCAAAAUUCUAAGUUUGACAAGUGUCUAAAGACAGAGGUCAUCAACAACGUAACCACUCCCACCAAACUAUGGACGCUUUUUUGUGAAGGUGAUUUAGGAAAUGCAACAUGCAAUGAAUACUUCACCCAAAACAAUUUAACAGUGAUUCAAGCUGUUCCUGGCUUGCUCAGCGGGGUCAUAUCAGAUAACAUGUGGGCACACUAUGGACACGACAAGACAAUAGUGGAGAAGGAGGGAAAGAGUUCAGAACAAACUUCGGAUAACACCGGUGACAUUUCAUAUUAUGUCCUCAAUGACAUCACUACCUUCUUCACCCUCCUGGUUGGAAUCUACUUCCCUUCAGUUACAGGAAUCAUGGCUGGGUCGAACAGGUCUGGAGAUCUUAGAGAUCCUCAGAGGUCCAUUCCCACUGGUACCAUUAUGGCUAUUGCAACCACUUCUGUCAUCUACAUUUCCUGUGUGGUGUUAUUUGGAGCAUGUAUUGAUGGUGUUGUGCUGCGAGACAAGUAUGGAGAGUCAGUUAGAGGAACUCUAGUUGUUGCCACACUAGCUUGGCCAUCUUCAUGGGUGAUUGUGAUUGGCUCAUUUUUCUCCUGUUGUGGGGCGGGGCUACAGAGCCUCACCGGUGCUCCCAGGAUCCUACAGGCUAUAGCUCGAGAUGGCAUCAUGCCAUUCUUACAGGUGUUUGGUCACAGUAGAUCUAACGGUGAGCCAACCUGGGCCUUACUCCUAACUGCAGUGAUCUGUGAGAUUGGGAUCCUCAUUGGUUCCCUGGAUAAUGUUGCUCCCAUCCUCUCAAUGUUUUUCUUGAUGUGUUACCUCUUUGUAAACUUGGCCUGUGCUGUCCAAACACUUCUACGCACCCCAAAUUGGAGGCCAAGAUUCAAGUUCUACCACUGGUCCCUCUCUUUUCUUGGGAUGAGCCUGAGUCUCUCCCUCAUGUUUGUCUCAUCGUGGUACUAUGCUUUGGUUGUCAUACUGAUUUCUGGAUGCAUCUACAAGUACAUUGAAUACAGAGGGGCAGAGAAGGAAUGGGGAGACGGGAUUCGCGGAUUAUCCCUUAACGCAGCUCAAUAUGCUCUAAUAAAACUGGAGGAGGCGCCACCCCACACCAAGAACUGGAGACCUCAGCUGCUGGUGCUCCUAAAGUUGGACUCCAACUUGGGGGUAAAACAUCCACGUCUGCUCUCCUUUAACUCACAGCUGAAGGCUGGGAAAGGCCUGACCAUCGUCUGCUCAGUGCUGGAGGGCACCUAUAUGGCUCGUGAAGCAGAAGCUAAGCUCUCUGAAAAGAAUAUCAAAGCGGCCAUGGCAAUGGAGAAAACAAAGGGUUUCUGUCAUGUGGUGGUGUCCUCUAACCAGCGGGAUGGUUUCUCUCACCUGAUCCAGUCUGCAGGCUUGGGUGGCAUGAAACACAAUGCAGUGCUGAUGGCCUGGCCCGCCAACUGGAAACAAGCCGAGAGCUCCCUCUCCUGGAAGAACUUCAUUGAAACCGUCAGAGAGACAACAGCUGUCCACCAGGCCCUAUUAGUGGCAAAAAACAUCGAUACAUUUCCCACAAACCAGGACCGGUUAGCUGAGGGUACCAUUGAUGUCUGGUGGAUUGUCCAUGAUGGUGGUCUACUCAUGCUUCUUCCUUUCCUGCUCCGCCAGCAUAAGGUUUGGAGAAGGUGUAAGAUGAGGAUCUUCACAGUGGCUCAGAUGGAUGACAACAGCAUCCAGAUGAAGAAAGACCUACAGAUGUUCUUGUACCAUCUGCGUCUUGAUGCUAAGGUGGAAGUUGUGGAAAUGAAUGCAGGCGAUAUCUCGGCUUUCACCUAUGAGAAGACCCUUGUGAUGGAGCAACGCUCUCAGAUGCUGAAGCAGAUGCAGCUUUCUAAGACAGAACGGGAGAGAGAGAUUCAAAGCAUCUCAGAUGAAUCCCGGAAUUCCAUCAGGAGGAAGCCCUGCCGGGAGAAACCAACUCAAAGCAAUAAGUCACAAGUGCCAACUAUAAUUCUGGACGAGGAGGCUCAGCUGAUUCAUGACAGGAACACUAAGUCCCAUGCCACUCUGAAUGACAAGGCCAUGGCAACUUCUGACCGGGUCCAUAUGACCUGGACCAAAGAGAAGCUGAUUAGUGAGAGAAACCGCCUUCGGGAGGCUAACAUGACUGUGCGGGACAUCUUCAAUAUGAAACCUGAAUGGGAGAAUCUGGAUCAGACUAACGUGAGAAGAAUGCACACUGCAGUCAAACUGAACGAGGUUGUAGUCAACAAAUCCCAGGGAGCCCAGCUGGUGCUGCUGAACAUGCCAGGACCACCCAAAAACAAGGGCGGAGACGAGAACUACAUGGAGUUUCUGGAGGUCCUCACAGAGGGAUUGGACCGGGUGCUGCUGGUCCGAGGUAGCGGCAGGGAGGUCAUCACCAUUUACUCGUAGCAUCAUGCAGAAUCAGACACUGAGGAGAGUAUUUCUGUGAGGAGAGACUGUCCAGAGCUGCACAGAUACUGUACAGAUGGACUGAGGACAGGCAGUCCCACUCCAGCUGCAGGCCAGCGCAACACAUUUGAGGGUCCAAGAGGAUUCUUCUCAUUUAGCGCAGUCCACUCAUGAUCGGAUCGACAAACACAUUUUAAUACGAGGUGUAAACAGGGACCUUGGAUGUGGUCCUUAUUAAUCAUUUAAAUAAAGACAGGCCAAAGACUUAGAUUUAUCCCAUAAGACUUGCAGAGAGUGACAUCAGCUGACGUAUUGUGACUGUAAGGGACAGUGUUUGUAAUUUAUGUGUAUUAAAUGUAUAGUUUUGCAUCUCAUUCUUCUGCAUCGCAUUCUCCUGCUGAGCUUUAUGUACUGUGUGAUGUUAGUUCGAUUCAUACGAUUUUUGUAAGUUUUGAUAUCAGUGUUGCUCACAUUGCGGUAUGAGUAAAAUUAAGAUUAUAUCAUCAGCCAAAUCAUAUGGUUGAAAUCUGUCAGUACUUAAUGCAUAUUGCUUUUUCCCCUAAAAUGUUUAAUAUUUAGUAUUUUUUCAUGACAUGAAACCUUAUU